AUGAACGUCUCUUCGAUCCCAGCUUCAGUAUGUGCUGAAAGCGCAAUCCCGUAUCCUAUGGUGUUCGGUGCUGAGAUCCUAAACCUCUCAGCCAAUCUUGUCCAAAACUACUCUCAAGAAUUAUCCGACCAGUACUUAUUCGACAGUCCUCCUAUCAGUGUGAGGAACAUUGACUACUGCAACAUCACUGUCACAUAUACACAUCCCGGUCAGAACGACACAAUCAACGUUGAGAAAUGGCUCCCAAUGAAGAACUGGAAUGGACGUCUCCAGGCAGUUGGAGGUGGCGGCUGGCUGGCUGGUCGGUUCGACGUAUCAUAUGCUGCUAUGGCUAGAGCUCUUGGAAACGGCUAUGUUGCAACCACUACCGACGCGGGUAUCGAACUCAUCAAGGAAUUCUACGGCCAGCCUGCGGAGUACUCAUAUUGGUCAGGUUGUUCACAAGGUGGUCGUCAAGGAAUGAUGCUUGCCCAGCGCUAUCCAGAGGCGUAUGAUGGCAUUGCUGCCUCGGCUCCAGCUCUCAACUGGGCCCGUCUCAUACCUGCGCUUGCGUGGCCACAGGUCAUGAUGGAAGUCCUUGGGCAAUUUCCUCCGAAAUGCGAAUUAGACGCGCUUACAGCUGGUGCCAUUGCAACUUGCGAUUCCCAAGAUGAUGUCACCGAUGGCAUCAUUAGUGAUCCAGAUGCCUGCUCCUUCGAUCCCUUUUCCAUGGUUGGCAAAAUUGUCAAUUGCAACAACGAAACUACCACGAUUAGUAACGCAGCAGCUACCAUCGCCAACCUCACCUGGACGGGGCCCCGAAAAGCCAGAAUGCCUACUGGACUCGGAGAAGCCUGGCUGAAAUUCAUGGUCAAGAAGGAUCCUGAUUGGGACUUUUCUAAGAUCGCCUCGGUCGAGGAAUACGCGCGCCUGUUUAAGGCUUCCGUGCAGGAGUUUGAAUCGAUCAUUGGAACGUUUGAUACCGACCUCUCUACAUUUCGCGACGCGGGUGGCAAAAUGAUUACUUUUCAUGGCAUGGCCGACACCGUCAUUCCCAGACAAGGAACCAACGAAUACUACACUCGUGCCACGGAGCAGACGCCGGACAUCAAGGACUUCUUCCGCUACUUUGAAGUCCCAGGAUUAGGGCACUGUAAUGGUGGAGUGGGAGGACAGCCAACAGCAACUUUCCAAGCACUGGUCGACUGGGUGGAGAAAGGCGUCCGUCCAGACACGCUGCCGAUUAACUUCAAGGACACAAAUGGGACGCAGUACGAGAGGAUAUUGUGCCCUUACCCAGAAAAAACACGUCUUGUGUCCGCCGACCUGGAUACGACAAAAGCGGAGUCUUACAAAUGCGCUUUGUAA